AUGAGGCAUGAAAAUAUUUUAGGAUUCAUUGCUGCUGAUAUCAAAGGAACAUGUGGGUGGACGCAACUGCUUUUAAUAACAGAAUAUCACGAGAAUGGGUCCCUCUUUGAUUAUCUUCAGACACAUUCUUUAAAUAUCGAUUUACUUUUAUCUAUGAGUUUGGGAAUCUCUAAGGGCAUAUCACAUCUACAUACAGAAAUUUUUGGGGUACCAGGAAAACCCCCUAUUGCUCAUAGAGACUUGAAAAGUAAAAAUAUUUUGGUAAAAAGAAACUUAGAUUGUUGCAUAGCAGAUUUUGGUUUGGCAGUUCGUUAUAAUGGUACGACUGAAACUGUUGAUGUUCCUUUAACGGAUAGAAGCGGAACUAAAAGGUAUAUGGCUCCAGAAAUUUUGGCGAAAACUACAAAUUUAGACGAUUUCGACUCGCACAAAAUGGCUGAUAUGUACGCAUUUGGUUUGGUGUUAUGGGAAAUAUCAAGAAGUUAUGUGCUUGUCAAUAUUCCUGGGGUCCUGCUAUCAUUUAAAGAACAAGAACAAAAUAACCUGAAGAUAAUUUGUAAAUGGGGUUGCGAUGGAUCUCAGCAAUCUCAGUUCAAACAAAAAUUUAAAAAUGAUGCCGACUCAGACGCGAACAUAUUUCAGAGCUGUUUCGUUCCUUUACAAUUGGUUUGUGGUAAAGAUGAAAAAAUUGUAUGGACAAACCCAACAUCCUCUUCUCCACGGUAUUGUCGACCUAUAAGAUUCCGAUUCGUUAAAGAGACUACUGACAUAAUGGAAGAAGAAAUAACUUUUGUGAAAAAAUCUAAAUCUAAACGCAACAGAGACGGAAAAGUCUGUAAUGCUGCCACUGGUACAAAAUCCACAAGCCGAUGUUACAUAUGUGGUGCAACCUCCAAAGACUUCAACCAAUUAGAUUUUAAAAAUCAGAUUAAUCAUGAAGCUACAGAGUUUGGGCUUUCAGUUCCGGGAUCGGACAACUCGCCGCCGUCGACUCGCCACCGUCAUCUCGCCGUCGCCAUCUCGCUGCGGGGACAACUCGCCACCGCCGACUCGCCGCCGUCAUCUUGCCGCGGAAAUAAUUUCCACCGACGAAAUAGUCGCUAUAAAGAUGGGGAAUAG